GGGAGAUAUAUGGAACAAGUUUAGAAUCGGGCACUUUGAAUGCAACUCAAGAAACGCCCAGGCUUCAUGUCAGAUAUUUCUCACCUUUUUCGGGUGAGGAUGUUUUUGUUGACAUUAUAUAAAAUAAUCUACCUAAGAAGGUCCUAUCAGUUAGUAGUAUGUUGUUCUGUAAACAAGUACCACGCAGACCAAAUAAUUGUCCUCGAUGGAUAACUAACCAAGUCAAGAAACUUCUUAGACGUAGGAAAAGCAUUGGAAUAUGUUUAUAUCUACUAGCUUAGAGCAGUAUAGAUCCAGUUAUUGUAAGACUAGGAAUGCUUGUAAAGCGUUAAUAAGUGAGACCAGAUGGUCACAUGAAAAACAACUGUUUAAGGAUUGUGAAAAUAAUCCGAAAAUAUUAUCGUCGUACAAAAAGAGGCGAGCAUGGAGAAGUGAUGGAUUCCUACUACUUUUGGUACAAAAAAUUCAGUCGACAUUGGCAAGAGAUGGUGCCGAAAAAGCUGAAGAUUUAUCGGAAUAUUUUAGUAAGAUGUUUUUUACCGUUAAUGAGAAACAACCAAUAAUUGAUCGUAAUCAGGGCGGCUUGUUGAUGCACCCUGUAGUUAUUGAGAAAGAUACUGUCUUAAGACUACUUCAGCAUCUCAAACCUGAUAAGUCCAGUGGCCCUGAUGAUAUUCACCCUAGGAUUAUGAAAGCCCUAUCAGAUGUAAUUGCUGAACCUAUGGCCAUAAUGUUUGAUAUGUCUCUGAGACAAUCCAGACUGCCAAGAGACUGAAAGAGCUCAAUAAUUAGUCCAGUGUAUAAGGCGGGGAGUAGAGACUUAUUUAGUAACUUUGGACCCAUUAGUUUAAGCAGUACAGUUGUAAAACUAAUAGAAACGACUAUUCUGAUGGUUGUUAUAAACUAUGUGGAAGGGCAUAAAUUUUUACUCAGGGAACAACAUGGUUUUAGGAAAGGCCCAUUAUGUUUGACAAAUCUGCUUAUCACAAAGGAAGACUGGGCUGAAGCAAAAGAUCAAAAUAUUCCUGUAGAUAUAAUUAUUAUAGAUCUAAGUAAAUCAUUUGACAAGGUCUCCCAUUCUAUUUUUAAAUUAAAACUGGAAAGUUUUGGAAUCCUUUAUAAGGUCAUAGACUCGAUAAGCGACUUUUUC